AUGAAUUCGGCCGAACAGACGGUAACGUGGCUCAUAACACUGGGGGUCCUAGAGUCUCCCAAGAAAAGCAUCUCGGAUCCAGAGGCUUUCCUCCAGGCGUCUCUGCAGGAUGGAGCGGUGCUGUGCAGGCUGCUGGAGCGACUUCGACCCGGGACGGUGGACAAAUUUUUUCAGGAACCGAGGGGCGACAACGAGUGUCAGAGGAACAUUACCGAGUUUAUUAAAGGCUGCGGGGCUUUCGGUGUGGAGCCUUUUGAGGUCAAUGACCUCCUGCAGGGACUGAACUUCUCCAAGGUCCUAAACUCCUUGGUUGCCCUCAACAAAGCUACUGAAGAUUUAGGUGUUUCUGAAGACAGUGAGUGUGUGCCGCUCUCCUCACACUUGAGGAUCAAGUCAUUUGACUCUCUGAACACUCAGAGUCGCUCCUCAAAAGUCCUGCAGCCUCAGUACCGCAGCCUGGACAUGUCAGAGGGCAGUGGGUGUGGCCACGUGCUGUUCAAGGCCCGCUUUCCUUUCCAGCAGACCAAUGAGGACGAACUCUCUUUCUCCAAGGGCGACAUCAUCUGUGUGAGCCGGCAGGAGGAUGGGGGCUGGUGGGAAGGCUCGUUCAACGGCAAUUCUGGGUGGUUCCCCAGUAACUAUGUACGGGAGCUGAAAGGAAGCGACAAGACAUCUGACAAGCCAAAGUCUGGGACACUGAAAAGCCCCCCCAAAGGUUUUGACACCACCAUCAUCAGUAAGACCUACUACAAUGUGGUCCUACAAAACAUCCUGGAAGCAGAGAGUGAAUAUUCGAGGGAGCUACAGAGUCUCCUGGGCUCCUACCUGCGCUCACUUCAUCCCACAGACAAACUCAGCAGUGUUGACAUCAGUCACAUUCAGGGAAAUCUGGAGGAGAUCUCAACCUUUCAGCAGAUGUUGGUUCAGUCUUUGGAGGAGCAUACAAAACUCCCAGAGAACCAGCAGAAGAUCGGGGGGUUCUUCCUGAAUCUGAUGCCCCAGAUGAAGAUCAUCUAUGUGGCCUACUGCUCCAACCACCCGUUUGCAGUCAAUGUACUCACACAACACAGCGAGGAACUGGGGGAGUACAUGGAGUCAAAAGGGGCGUCCGCUCCUGGGAUCCUCAGUCUGACCACUAGUCUGAGUAAACCCUUCACCAGACUGGAGAGAUACCCGACGCUGCUGAAAGAACUGGACAGACAUAUGGAGGACCAACACCCUGACAGAGCUGAUCUUAUUGCUUCAAUUAUGGACUUUAAAAGCUUUGCAGCUCGGUGCCAGGAGGUGAGGAAGAAGAAGGACCUGGAGUUGCAGAUUUUAACAGAGCCAAUCAGAAACUGGGAGGGGGAUGACAUCAGAACUCUCGGCCCUGUUCUCCAAAUGUCCCAGGCCACAGUCCACACGCAGAACUGUCAGGAGUCAAAUGAACGCUACCUCGUCCUCUUUCCUCACACUCUGCUCAUGCUUUCUGCCAGCCUGAGAAUGAGUGGAUUCAUCUUCCAGGGAAGGAUGCCACUGUCAGGAAUGCUCAUCUCCAGAAUAGAAGACGGAGACAACCUGAAGAAUGCUUUUGAAAUAUCUGGUGGCCAGUGUGAUCGGAUGCAGGUGGCAUGUAACAGUCAGCAAGAUCUGCAGGACUGGCUGGACCUUCUCACCAAACACACACACACGUCGGCUGCGCACACACACUCGCACAAGCCUCAGUCUGUGUGUCACACAUUGCCCCCUCAACCCGCCACUCCCUCCAGACACUCAGAGUCUCGUGGAGGGAGCAUUGGACACACCUACCACACCCUUCCUCAUCCCUCUUCAUAUGGGACGGCCCUCAGCAGCAGCCCGAUGUGGGGGCCCCUGGAGCCACCGAGUACCCCUAAACCCUGGAGCCUGAGCUGCCUUCGCCCUGCGCCUCCACUCCGGCCCUCGGCUGCUCUCUGCUUCAAGGAGGAUAUGAGUAAGAGUCCUAAGAACAUGAAGAAGCUGCUCCCUAAGAGGAAGCCAGAGAGGAAACCUUCAGAAGAGGACUUUACUGUCAGAAAAAGUACAGCAGCUCUAGAGGAGGAUGCUCAGAUACUGAAAGUGAUUGAGGCCUACUGUACCAGCGCCAAGACACGACAGACGCUCAACUCCACCUGGCAAGGAACUGACCUCAUGCACAACCAUGUACUCGCUGACACCAGCCUCACCGUCGCUGGUUUCCCCAGCAACCUGCCUUGUUCUGACCAGUCAGAGGACUCGGAUUAUGACAGUCUCUGGACCGCCCAUAGUUACAGGACUGCCUCAUUUUCUCGCUCCAGCAGGAAGGAUGUACAGAUGUUGUUCCCUGAGGAGGAGAAGAUUAUAGUGGAGGAGACCAGGAGCAAUGGACAAACAGUAGUGGAGGAGAGGAGUCUGGUGGAUACUGUGUACAGUCUGAAAGAUGAGGUCCAGGGACUCAAACAGGACAACAAGAGGAUGAAGAGGACACUGGAGGAGGAGCAGCGGGCGAGGAAAGAGCUGGAGAGGAUUGUCAGGAGAGUUCUGAAGAACAUGAACGACCCAACCUGGGAUGAGACUAACCUCUGAGAUCAAUAUAUAUGUGAUCAUCAUGGACGAGACCAAUUUCUGACUUUAAAGUGACCAAAUGAACUAUGAACUGUUGUUCAACCUCUGUGUGGACAAAAGCUGCCAAUACUUCGUUCAACAUGUCGUCACCAUUUUUACUUGCUUUGACCAGUGUACCAAACUGUGGACCAAGAUAAAAUGUCGGCCAGCCAUCAGCAAAGCCAUCCCAACUGACCGUAAAGCUGUGAAGCCACAUUAGCUGGUAGGCAUGAUGACAUCACUUCCUGUCACUCUCCUUUACUUUUUCAAACAGCCUUCUUUGAAACACUGACAAACAAAUCACUUUUCUCAUCUACUUUUGUAAUUAUCUUUCAUUCCUCUUUGUGCUUUUUUUGCAUCAAGUAUGACAUUUAAAAUGUAACCAUUGCCAGCACAGUAUUUUAUUGACUGGCCUAGUGCAUGAAUAAGAAUGCUACGUGGGUUUAUACAUUUCAGAUAGACUGAAACGUUUUUUUACCACACUCUUCAUUUUAUUGGCAGCAAUUUUUAAUCUAUUUUAUUAUGUUAUUUUAUUGAUUCUAACAAACUAAAAAAUAAAGUUGGUUAAUUUGUAAUAUAAAAUGCAAAGUGUAGUAGGGCUCUCAGUCAUUACAUUUUAAAGUAAACCUUUUACCAGCACAGCACUGUAUAAGUGACAGGAUGAGAUUACAUUUUUGUGUGGUGUAAAGAUUACUGCAGGAACUAAUCUAGUUUAACAUUUUGCAACAUACCACUGUAUUAUUUUAUGGAUCCACUGCAUUGCUUCAUGGAAUAUGCAAAUUUCUGCCAAGAUUAUUUUGAUUAGUUUUAAGAAAAUAAUAUUUUUUUGUUUAUUUAUUUGUUUUUAAACCCAGAUGGAUAAACUACAAGUGAGUUGUACAAGAGACAUGGACAGAAACAGAGAAACUUGGUUCUGCUCUAACUGUUAUUUACUUUUGUAUACAAAAGAUUGUUUGGAGGCUAAAGCCUGAAGAUAAAUUGCCUUUUGAAAAUGAUCUGGUUUAAUUAACUGAAGGGCAUAUUAAAGAAUGCGAGCUCAUUAAAUUAAAAACAACACAUCUUAAAAAUGUGUUGUUACUGGAAAACCAUCUUGUAAUUGUCAAUGGGAAGCUGGAGGAAGAUUUUCUCAGGAAUGAACUCGUCCAUCCGGGAGUAUUAGCUUUCAGCUCCAGAUUCACUCAUAUUUUUGAAAUUUAAUAUUCUUACAGAUAGACAGUUUAGGAAACUUGAUUUAGAAUUGUUUUUUCAAAUGUUUAUGUAUGCAAUGUACUGUGCAAAGCAUUUGAAGUCCAGACACCAGGGUAGAAUGAGUCUUUCUUUUACAGUAGAUCCAAAUUAAAUAAAUAAAAAAACAUGGAAAUAAUGCAAAUGACCUCAAAGCCCCAAAACCACAACAAAUCCAGGCUACUAUAGCUAUAUGCAAACAUGGCACACGUAAAGGCAGCAGAGGCAUAAACUUUAUAUUUGAAAAUGCUAAAUUUCACACUGCCUACAAAUAUCCUUUUUCUUUAUCACUUGGAAUGAGGUCCUUGGAGGUUUAAUUAUGAAAAAGCCAGCUAUAUGAACAUGUUUCAUCUGUAGUAGUCCUGGCAUUGUUAAACACAGAAGUUGGGACGUUGAGUUUUAUAUAGUAUAUGUUUAACUUUUUCGAAACUUAACUAUAACUAUUUAAUGAGAUACAAUCAUAUACUGCACUGAACUGAUACUGAGGCAUUGAUUUGCAUAGGAAAAUAGUUCAGUGUAACACAGAUACCAUCAAAGUUAAAGAAAAUAUACACAGGGAGUCGGCUUGCUGCUCUUUCUGUUUCAAGACCAAAGUCCAAGCAAUACAACACUGGAAAAUGUUUUUUAUUAUGAUUUUUAUGAUGUCAAUAUGCAACUUGCUGUAGAAUUUCUUAUUUUUAUAUUUGUGAUUGUGUUUUUAUCAACUGGUUUUGAUUUGUAACACUACUUAUUUUCUACUUGACCUGUUUUAAUCACACUAAAGAUGAUUUGUGCAGAAAAGUAGCAUAUUUCUCAUGAACGUCAGGAGACGUGCCUUGGAAAGAAGAACAAUUCCUUUGCUAAACUUAUUAAGCAUAAAAACUUCACCUACAACUAAAAUAUUACUGAAAUUAGAAACCACACUAAUGUAACAUGCCAAUUAUUGACUCUAACUUAUGUAUUUAACUGAGAGUGACUGAUGUAAAUGUAUUGCAGAUUCAAAUGGUAUGGUGAUGACAGUAGUUAGUUUGACAACAAUCACCCCCCUCUAUUUAUUUCACCCAUUUGUCUGUGAAUAAAAUGUUGAAUCAAACAG